AUGAAUGAGAUGUAUUCAACUCAGCAGGCAGAGGACAAUGACUACCUUCCUCGGAACGAUGAGUUCAUUCCGCCAACCAAUUUUGCGGUUAUUGAGAAAGGGCUAUAUCGAAGUGCUUUCCCUGUAAAACGGAACUUCCCGUUUUUGAAGCAUUUGGGAAUCCGUUCCAUUUUAGUCCUCGUUCCAGAAGAUUAUCCUGAAGACAGUCUAAAGUUUAUGAAGCGCUUUGAUAUUAAAUUAUUUAAGUUUCCGCUUGAGGGAAACAAGGAACCUUUUACGGAGAUUCCUGAAGAAAUGGUGAUUCAGAUAAUGCACAUUGUAUUGGAUACACGAAAUCUACCCCUGCUCAUUCAUUGUAACAGUGGAAAGCAUCGAACAGGUUCUGUUGUCGGUUGUAUUCGCCGAAUUCAAGGAUGGUCUCUUUCUUCCAUUUUCUGGGAAUAUCGUUUCUACGCAGAGCCCAAACCCCGCUUUAUGGAUCAGCAAUACAUCGAACUGUUCGAUAUCAACAAAGUUAACCCAGAUCGAGAGUAUCUUCCUGAUUGGCCGGGGUUAUUGGAUGAUUGUACUAUACAGAAUUCUCGUGUUUGUUCCAACAAACAAGCGUUACACGUUAAUCUUCUCGAUGAUUUUACCCAACUCCUUGAUCAGCGACGUCAUAUGCAGCGCAUCGCUCUUUCCCUCCGGCAUGUAUCGAAUCAUUCGCUUCAUCAUUCUACUCUCAAUCCGACUCUCCAUUUCUACGAAAUCGACGUAGUCAGUGAGGGAGAACUCACCUUCCCAGAGGACGGAUGA